AAAACAAAACCCUUCUGUUCGUCUGUUUGCUAGCCCCAAAUCGAUCAGUGAACUUCCCAGCAGUAACAGAGAGAGGGAUGAGACCGAUGCAGGUAGACUUCUUCGCAGACAUGGAGGAGCAAGGAUCGACUGUGGCGAUGGACGUAGAUGACGUGGACACACUGGAGAUGUUCGGGGAGGGAGUCAUCAACAUGGAAAACAAGCUCGCCGACGCCGAUUUCUUCAACUAUUUCGAAGACGAUUUCGAAGACUCCGACAUCAACUAAUCUGACCCUCCUUGUACCUACUCACCUUGGCCUGGAUUUUUUUAGCUUUAGAACAUUGGAGAGUAGAGAGGGAAAGAAACACAACUUAUUUUUCUCGUGUUCUGCUUUAACUAUUAAUUAAAUAUAUCUAAUUGAUUAUUAUUAUUA